CCAGAAGAAGAAAAACCGGAAAAGGGCCGCGCUUGUUCGUUCAGCACUUCAGCUCGGCUUUCACUCUGGCUAGCUUGCACAUGUACAGUACAGACAGAUGACAGACAGGCCUGAAGAAGAAUAGAAGAAGAAGCAAGCGCCUGCUUUUCCGUCGACGAAGAAAUGUGCUCCCUUUGCUUCGGCGCAAAGCCGGCGAUGUCGCCUCGACGGCCCAGGUCAGCUGCGAAUGAUAGCCACGGAAGGCCAGCAGCAGCAUGGGUGUGAGCGACGGGAGACGGGGAGAGACAAGAAAAAAAAAGUGACAGCGCUGCAGGCGGCGGUGGCAUCGAUCCGACGUGCCACGAGCGGAGCGGGUAAUGCCAGCGCUACACCGCGCUGACGUGGCCGCCCGGCCCCCGAGAGUGAGGUUGGGUUGGGCCCUAUAUGCCGGCCCCUCUCGCUGGAGCUGGGCCUCCGAGGCCAACCGUUGAGGAGAAGCCAAUCGCCAGAAGCGGCAAGCCUUGCCUCGCGCACCGGUCUGGUUCUGGUGGGUGCCCUCUUCGCCGGUGGCCGGAAGGCGAGGGGGAAGCCGGAGGACGCUGAGGGCGGGCGAGGCCGCCGUCCCCAGAUCUCACUUCCGCCGCCCGCCCGCCCCGCUUUUGGUACUACUCUUCUUCUGUUCCAGGGAUUGAGAGAGGAAGGAAGGAAAGGAGGUGCUUCAAUAUGAAGGCGCUCAUUCUUGUCGGGGGUUUCGGAACCCGCCUUCGGCCUUUGACUCUUAGCUUCCCGAAGCCCCUUGUGGAUUUUGCAAACAAGCCCAUGAUUCUGCAUCAGAUCGAAGCUUUGAAAGAAGUUGGGGUCACAGAGGUGGUUUUGGCCAUCAACUACCGCCCAGAGGUAAUGAUUAAUUUCUUGAAGGACUUUGAGGAUAAACUUGGCAUCACAAUUACAUGCUCCCAAGAGACUGAGCCCUUAGGAACUGCUGGCCCUCUUGCUCUAGCAAGGGACAAGCUUGCGGAUGGAUCUGGCGAGCCAUUCUUUGUCCUCAACAGCGAUGUCAUAAGCGAAUACCCAUUUGCUGAACUCAUCAAAUUUCACAAGUCUCAUGGUGGUGAGGCAACAAUUAUGGUCACUAAGGUGGAUGAACCAUCUAAAUAUGGUGUUGUGGUUAUGGAGGAGGCAACUGGCAGGGUGGAAAGGUUUGUUGAGAAGCCAAAAAUAUUUGUGGGCAACAAGAUCAAUGCUGGGAUUUACUUGCUGAACCCAUCUGUCCUUGACCGCAUUGAACUGAGGCCAACAUCAAUUGAGAAAGAGGUCUUCCCUCAAAUUGCAGCUGAUCAACAGCUCUAUGCAAUGGUCCUUCCUGGUUUUUGGAUGGAUGUUGGUCAGCCAAGGGACUACAUUACUGGAUUGCGUCUUUAUCUAGACUCGCUUAGGAAGAAAUCGGCUGCCAGGCUAGCUGCUGGAGCGCAUGUUGUUGGCAACGUGCUGGUGCAUGAGAGCGCCAAGAUCGGAGAAGGUUGCCUGAUCGGUCCUGAUGUCGCAAUUGGACCUGGAUGUGUCGUGGAGGAUGGCGUGAGGCUUUCCCGCUGCACUGUCAUGCGUGGUGUGCGUAUCAAGAAGCAUGCCUGCAUCUCGAACAGCAUUAUCGGGUGGCACUCAACUGUUGGACAAUGGGCACGGAUAGAGAAUAUGACCAUCCUGGGCGAGGAUGUUCAUGUGUGUGACGAGGUAUACAGUAAUGGCGGUGUUGUUCUCCCACACAAAGAGAUCAAGUCAAGCAUUCUGAAGCCUGAGAUCGUCAUGUAAGAGUUCUCCAGUUUUAACUACAGUACAUUCUUAAGUUCUUCGAGUAAGUGAGGAUUGCAGAUCCCCUUUUUAUAAGUGAUAUCUAUUGGUAUCUUUGGCCUAAUUCAAACAGCUUCAGACAUGUUCGCUUGCUAAACUGUUGACAAUGUAUCCUUGUUCUUUGUUGAAAAGUUUUGUACUUGUAGUGUCAAUCAUAUUUCACAAAGUGGUUGUCAUAUAAUACUGAGAGGUUUUGGACCCUUGAUCUGCAGAAGUUCAAUACCAUAGUAGCAAGAAUAAGUUUAUUUUUAAAUGUUGUCCAAUGUAACUUUCAGCAGUAAUGUUUGUGUGCUAAAUGCUCUCCCGGAGAAAUGUACACGCUGCCCACGUGUGAUGUAACUUACUAUGUUCACGUAUUUAAUCUUGUACCAAUGAAUAUAUUGUCGGUGUCUUUAAAAUCA